CUCAGCGUUUUUCAGCAGUUUCUGCUGUGACUCCUCCGGUGCCGGUAUCUGUGGUUGAGGAGCAGAGGGUGGGAGGAUGGGGAAGGAAGGAGCAGAGAGAGGAAGAGAAACACAUGUGUUAUGAAAAUCUUAACACUGGAGCAAUGGGCCYGAGUUCAUCGCUGGAAAGCUUUCUGUUGUUCCUCUGGAUUUCAGGGAUCUGUGGUGGACCGGCCCAGGCUCAGCUCAUGAAGAAAGAUAACUGCACCAACUACGAGCUCAUGUUUGAACGGGUGUUCUCUGUGCCCGGGGAUGCGGCCAUGCUCUACAGCACCCUGCUGCGCCUGGACGUCUUUAACUUCACCGCCGUCCCGUUCAACAUCACCUGGUUCAGCACAAAGACGGGACAGGAGAUGAGAAACGAGACCGGUCGGAAUCUGGUGCUCCAGGAGACACUUUGGUUCCUCAACACCACUCUGGACGACGAUGGGGAAUACCUCGCCAUAGUGCGAACUCCGUCUCAGUGCUACAUGCAGACCGCUAAGCUGGUGAUGGAUCGGCCAGUUGCUGGAGAAUGUGGAAGGCCAAGAAAAGAUUCUCGAAAUGUGGGGGCAGACGUGGUAUGCCCUCUGAGCGAUUAUAUUCACAAACUGAAGACCUACGGCACCAACGUCUCCGUUAAUUGGUACAAAGGCUGUGACCUGAUUCUGAACACAUCAGGCCGUCGUACCUUCAGGGGGGGGAACCACCGCAUGUUAAAAGCUGAAGGCAGUGGCGCGUACACCUGCACUCUGACCUUUACCCUGGAUGGAGCAGCAAGGUCUGUGUCAGAGACCAUUAAUGCAACGGUCACAGAGCAACAGUUCCUGCCUCCACAGAUCCAUGAACCAGAAAAUGAAAUUAUAAAGGCAGCAAAAGGGUCGAAUUUCACAAAGAGGUGUCUGGUGUUUGUUCCCGGUGCGACGAGACAUUUUGUUGACGUCAUUUGGUUGGUCGAAAAUAAAGUCGAAUUUGAUUCUCAGUCGUCUGAACGCAUCUACACACCACGGCAGCGUAAGUGGACCAGAGAUGAACCAAAGGGUGUGUGGUUGGAGCGGCUGCUGAUCUUCUCAGAACUGAGGCAGGAGGAUUUCUACCUCAACUACACCUGCAGGGUCUACGAUGACCGAGGCAAUUCAGAGAGAUACUUUACGUUGCUGCCAACAGAUCCGAACAUCAUCCUUCCCAUCGGUUUAGUGUUUGGUGGAGUGACUGUUCUCUUCGUCAUCAGCAUCACCGUCUACUACAUCUUCAGGACAGACAUUGUGCUGUGCUUCAGGAGAGCGUUUCCAGUUCUUUAUACAAAUAAAGAUCUUGAUGGCAAGCUGUAUGAUGCUUAUGUGGCAUACCCCAAUCCUGGUGCCUUUGGGUUCAGUGAGGAAGUGGAGAAGUUCGCCCUGCAGACGUUGCCUGAAGUGUUGGAACAGGCCUGUGGCUACAAACUGUUCAUAGCGGGCCGUGACUGCCUGCCGGGGCAGGCCAUCGUGGACUCUGUGGAUGAGAACCUUCAGGCUAGUCGUCGUGUUCUCCUGCUCUACACCGCUUCCACUUUCAUUAAAAAGAGGCACACGAGCAGCACCAGCAGUAACAACAACAACAUUACGAAGAUUAGCGAGGAUGUUGAUAAAAUCGAAAGCAGGACCAGCGAGGGCAAUGGCAGCGUGGGUUUUGGUGGUGACGACAAAGCAUUUUCGGACGCAAGGCAGCAUCUGGAAUGUGUGGCAUCCAUGAACAGAGCGCUGCUGGAGGGCUCCUUAAAGGUCAUUCUGGUGGAGCUGGAGGAGAUCACCCCGGCCCAGCUGGCCCUCUUCCCUGAGUCGGUUCGCCACCUGAGGAAGAAACAGGGCGCYGUGUGCUGGUGGAAGUCUCUCCGAACGAGACAGAAAUGGAGGACAUGGAGAGAAGACGAGGAGAGACAUGGAAAGGACUCACAAGUGUCACCAUCCCUCUCUCCUUCCUCCAGGUUUUGGAAAGAAAUUAGGUAUCAUAUGCCAGUCAAAGGCAAGAGGGCGGCUUAUCCAGAGAAAACUGCCUUGUUGAACUUGUGAUGCUAGAUGUAAAUGUUUGAGUGAAUUGGUGCGAUGAAAAAAAAGAAAACUUGAAUGAAUAUGACAUUUUACUUUAAUCUUUUGUAAUGUUGGAAGAAUAUUUYGGUUUAGUCAAGAAUCCAAAACUGCGGGUGCUGUGGUGGAGCAGGGGCAAA